UUUUCGGUAGCCCUCCAAAUCAACCUGUUAUUAGUGUAACAAAGUGUGUACGUUUGAUUUUGUUGAGGUUUUUGUUACAAUUGUUGGUCUGUUCUGGCCAUAGGUUAGCGUUUGUGUUAGUGGUGCUAGCAGUUCACAUACUUCGACGCUGUUUACUGGUUACGCAUGUGCGAAUAGCUUUCGGGACACAGAUGUCUACGAUGCAUUAAGAUAUGCGGGUUUGUACAGCGAAUAUCAUUCGUUCCAUCUUACGAAGCUAGCGUAUUCAGCACGUUUUACUGCACAUCGAAACAAAAAACCCUUAAUUACACAAGCAAAAUGAGCUUGAAAAGAUCCGCCUCCGACGAUAUUUCGGAUGAAACUAUAUCAAAAGUAAGAAAAUCAAUGAUGAUACCAACUGCAGCGAGUAAGUCUAAGGCAAGCGCAUCUUCGGUUGCUUCUGGAAGAAAAGUGGUAAGGUCAAAAUUGGAAAGUUCAAGAACUGCGAUUUGUAGUCGUCCAAAACCACCAAAAAACCAGCCAGCACCACAAGCCACAAAGCAAACACCUCAAGCGUCUGACGCUGGCCAAAUUCGUCGGGGUAGUGCAGCUGUCAAAAUGCCCGAUCGCAGCACAUCGCGCAGGUUGGAUAAAACACUAUCCAGCAUCGUGAAAGUAAACCACAAAAAGGACAACGGAUUGCCGGAGUCAUGGCGUAAAGAGCUGUAUUGUGCACGACCCGGGUCGGCCCAAGCGAGGUUAGAAAACUUACGUGCAGCACUGCAAAAAGAGGUCGAAGAAGAAAAAUUAUCCAAAGCUGCCUCGAGUAUACCAACCAAACGCACUGUAGGGGAGAGAAGCCCUCCAAAUGGAAAGGUAACGUCAACUUCCAGCACCAGCCACUCCAGGACUGCGUCUGUCACUGCCGUAACAGCUACCAGUGCUGUCGCGAAAAUGGAAACUGUAAAGCACACUGUUACUGACGUUUCAUCUGUAAAGCAUGCAAGCACCCGUCCAGUAACUACCGUAGUAGUCGGAAAACUUGGAAAUACUUGUGGAAUGGAUGUGGAUGGUGUAGAAUCAAACAGUCCUGAGCCCGAGGUUUCUUCUCAUCCAACAGCGCAUAAUGGUAGAAGUUUCGGUCGGUCCAAUGCAUCUGCUAAAUUUCCCAAUCACAGCACAUCAAACAGGUUGGAUAAAACGCUUUCCAGCAUUGUGAAAGCAAAGGACAAAAAGGACAAGGGUUUACCGGUGGCAUGGCGCAAUGAGCUGUAUGGUACACGACACGGAUCGGCCCAGGCAAGGCUGGAAAACUUUCGUGCUGCUCUGGAAAAAGAAAUCGAAGAGCAAAACUUAUCCAAAGCUGCCUCUAGUAUACCAAUGAAACCCACUGUAGAUGAGACGAGCCCUCCAAAAGUAAACGUAACACCAUCUCCUAGCACUAGCCAGUCCAACUCUGCGCCUUUCACUAAGCUAUCAGCUUCUAGUGCUAUUCCUGAACCUUCAGCCAUCAAGCAUACUGACGCAGUUCCUGAAGAUUUAAUUGUAAAGCAAAAUAACCCGGAUCUAGCUGCAAGCAAUAGAACAGAAAAUCUGGAAGACAGCUUUGAAAUGGAUGUAGAUGAAACGAUCAGUCCUGAGCCGGAGGUACCUUUGCCUUCAGCAGAGCCGGCUAGUUCGAAAUGUAUGGAAUAUGACAGCAUUGCGGAGUCAACGAUGCAGCAGCAAAAUACUGAACUAUUAGAAGAGGUAAAACCAAAUACUUUGAAGAAUACACCAGAGGAAACGAAUGAUGAUUCGCACGAGGUGGCAUCCGAUCUAAAGACAAAGUACAAAGAUGGACUAUCUGCGUUUGCAAACUACUUUUACUGCGUAAUUGACACCAAUAUCUUCAUCGAAAAUUACAACGAUUUUCAAGAUUUCCUGUCGAGAAAAUACUCGGGAAGUCAACCGAUCGUAGUCGUACCGUACAAGGUGCUGCACGAGUUGGACUUAGUGAAGCAUAAAAAACCGCAGCUGGGUCCAAAAAUUACACCGGUAGUAAAAUUUCUCCACCAAAUGCUACGCGCCAAGGACGCUCGGGUUAAGGGACAACAUCCGUGGGACGAUACAAUCGAGCUAAUGCCAGUACACUCGCCGGACGAUUCGAUUAUAAACUGCGCACUGCAGGUACAAUCGGUAGCUGCUAGUGGGAAUGUAAAGGUAGUGUUGGUAUCGAAUGAUUGUAAUAUGCUAACGAAAGCGAUAGUGGCAAAUUUAACCAGUUGUACAAUGGAAGAACUUCAGUCAGAUUACAAAUUCUGAUUGCGGUAGUGGUGGGUGUGGAAUUGGGAACAGGUACCUUUAUUAAUAGAUAAGGAAUAUGCCACCUGUUCUCGAACCACUCUCUACCAACUGUUAUUUACUGUUAAUGGAAAAGGAUAGACGCACGUUUAUGUUAUUCAUAAAUGUUACGUUACUGUUUAAUGUUCAAUUCAGCCAGGAUUAUUUUGAUUGUUUUAUUGAAUAGAGAUCUUUAUUUUUUUCCGUUCCUGUUUUGACGCACAAUCCCCACUGUAUCCCAUGUCUAUUUUCUAUUGGCUUUCCAAGAUCAAAUAGUCGAAAAUAGUUCAUUCUUUACUAACGAUUUCGGAUGGUCGUUUCAGAUUUGAUUUGGUUUGCUUUUUACAGAGCGUUCGAAUACCCUUCGUAGUAUUGCUAUUACUUCGGAUGUACCAAGUGGUUUACUUUACCGAUAGCAUACCAGUCACAUAUCCAAUUUGUUUCCGGGAUUCUUAUUCUGGUUUGAUUACACGAUCGGUACCUGGUUUGUUGCGUCUAGUCUUUGUUGCAAUAGCGCGGUUAUGCAAAUAGGGAACUCGUUUAUAAUUUGAACCUUACGAAGUCUGCCGGGUUUGCUAGAUGAGCAAUUUUAUUACAUCCUUUCUGUAAACGUAAAUUAUUUUUAAUAUAUCGUAGCUUUAUGGGAGAACCAUGUCUCAGGACAGUUCAGGUAAAUAGCGUCUAUGGAUAACAUUUAUAAUUGCAUGUGCCUGUUAUUAAUAACGACACGGAGACUACUGACUGGAUUGAACAUCAUUGGGAUCGAAAUGUAAUCACAUUUUGUUCUUGAGCAAUACAAUAAUUCGAUCGUCAUCCUUAUUAAUGGCGGAGAGAAAUAAUUGUAAUAAAAUAUAACAUAACGUUUCAGCCUUUUUAAA